GGGGCGCCUUCUGAAGGUUGCUGUUCGCGGUGCUGAAUCCUGUCGCGACUGCAGGAGUGAAGUGGCGGACCCGAGACAUUGCUCCGCAAAUCGCCUACUUUAAUUCGCUGUUAUCUCAUCCAGCGAUUUUCGACCAUCUUUUUAUCGAGAACUGACAGUAUGAUGUUUUAGCAAAGGUGUGCAAUGGAUUCGUAAAGAGUAGCCUAAUGGAUUCGCCGUGUUCCAUCUUCGCUGUGUUGUGUCUUUGCCAGUCUCUUUCAACUACCUUCGCUGACAGCAAAUAUGGUUGCCUGUUCGAGGAUGAGCUCUGUACACCUUACGAGUUCUGCGCUAAUGACAGAGUGUUUGGAAGGUGCCUGGAGUUACCCGGUGCGGACCUGUACACCUACGAUGCCUCCGCCUCUGCUCUACAGCGCCUCAGGACUCUCCUACAGAUAUUGGCCCACAAAGGGUUGACAUGGCAGGAUGCCACCACCCAGCAUGUGAUCUCCAGAGAGCUGUCCAAGCUACGCAAGGUUCCCAUCCGAAGGCCAGAUCCCCCGUCUGCCUCCCUGACACGCUAUGGUGGAGACAGGAAGCUGAAGACGGGGGAGGCGAAACUUAGCAGGAGCGUCCAGAAGUACCUUCAAGAGCUGGGUCUCCUUCCCCAGUCUGUCGGCGCUGCUCGCCAGGAGCUCCAGCGAGAGGGGCCCCUCACUCAGAAUGAAGACUUACAACCAAAGAAGGGGAAGUCUACGUUCUACAAUCUGCAGUCUGCAGUUCCACCCCAGAGGGGUAAUGUCUUCACCCAGGGGGCCAUAGGGAGCUGGAGAUCCCCAGUGGAGACUGCCUACUCCAGCCAGGAGCCAGGGAGGGCCGGGGGGAGUGCCACAGGGCUGGCUGCCCAGCUUGAGCGCUACAUGGCUGGAGCAGCACACACCCAGAGCCGCCCAGUACCAGGAGCAGAGGUGGGAUCAGUGGUGGGACCCAAGGGGAAGCUCUACUAUGUCAGCUAUGCACGCCCUGGUGGUCAGGUAGAACCUCAGACACAACUUGGUGGCAGUGGCUCCAAACCUCCAAGACCCAACAUAGACAGGCUUCUUUUCAAGGCUGCGUCCAACCAUCAGGUGCCCAAGGAGCAGCUCAGUACGGUGGAUGAGCGGUUCAUCCUGAACGUGGUCAACCAGCUGGGGAGGCAGAGAGUGAACAUGGACAGUCUGAUGGGUAAAGACCUGAACCAGCUGGCAGACAUAAUCUCUGGUGCCCUGCAGGUGGUGGAUGAGGAGGGGCCUGAGGCCAGAGCCAAGCCCAGGCUCGUGGGACACAUACGGGACAGGCAGAUGAAGAGAGAGCCGCUGCAUUCCAUGGACCAGGGUGAGGAGGACCAAGUGGACUUGUUGGAGCAAGAUGCUAUGCUUCAAGGGAAACAAAUGGUGGAUGCAGACUCUGAGCCUAAUGACAAGGACCCAAUCUUAGUUAGUAAGCUCUUGGAGUACCUCAACAUGGACCCCUUCAGUGAUGCCCCUGAUGCCGAGCUGGAGGUUGGUGAUGCUGGUGGUGCUGCAGGCAACCCCUCCAUUGAGGGCCAGAGAACAGUGGGUCUGGAGAACGUAAGGAGCAGGACCACACAGGGCCAAGUGCCUGUACCACACCCCUGGGAGGAGAGGAGCAUGACCAUGGGAGGAGAGGAUGGAGCUCCAGACCAGCCAGAUGAUGGAACCUCAGACCAACCGGUGGAUGUCCAGGGUUCUGACUCCCUGGUAGACUCUGAGGUGGAGAGGUGGAUGUACGGUACCGAAGCUCCUUCUCCUCCGGCGGCUGAGACGGACCUCCUGGCAGAAGAACCACAGGGGAGAAAUCUCCUAGCAGAACCACAGAAGAAGGACAUGCGACUCCAGGAGGAGGUGGUACAUAUGGGAGUCAAAGCUUACUCAAAGUCACCGCAAGGGAAAGACCACCACAGCGACAUUGGCUACAUCAUUACAGACACAGACUCCCUCACCUCUGACCAGGGCUUGGACCUGAUGGAACGUCUGGGUCGGAGGGUCAACCUCCACUUGACCGACCUUCUCCACCUCUCAGUGCUGGGUCCAGCUGUAACCUUCAGGGUGGGCACCAACCAUCACAAUGUUAGCACUGCAGAUGUGGCUCACGUUGCAGUUCAGCAGAAGAAGCAGCUGGAGAAGGAGACAGGUGUGAAGAUCCUGGAGGCUGGAGUCAGCGAUAAGGGAAGCUUGAGGCAGAUCCCGGUGGUCACGGAGAGUCGUCUGGAGUCUGGUCAGUUCCUGGUCUUGACCGUCAUCUCCAUGGUCCUGAUCAUGGGGGCGCUGGCAGCGUCUGGCUGGCUCUUCUGCCUGCGCCACCGCUCCCACCUCCAAAUGAAGGAGAAACUAGCCAGCCUGGGGACUGACACCAGUGCUGAUGCAACUUCAACCUAUCAGGAGUUGUGUCGCCAGCGGAUGGCUGUGCGGACAUCAUCAGAGCGUCCGGAGCGCCCGGAGCCUCUACGGCACCACUCGCGGCUGAACAGCGCGUCGUCUCAGUUCAGCGAUGGGGGGCCCAUGGCCAGCCCAUCUGCCCGUAGCUCCACCUCAUCCUGGUGCGAGGAACCUGUCCCCGCCAACAUGGACAUCUCCACCGGACACAUGAUACUGUCGUACAUGGAGGACCACUUGAAGAACAAGAACCGUCUGGAGAGGGAGUGGGAGGCGAUGUGUGGCUACCUGGCUGAGCCCGGCGCCUGUAACGUGGGCCAGGACAAACACAACGCCAAGAAGAACCGCACCGACGCCGUGGUCGUCUACGAUCAUUCCAGAAUAACCUUGAAGGCCGAGAAUAACCAUGGCAACUCCGAUUACAUCAAUGCUAGCCCAAUUAUGGACCAUGACCCGAGGAACCCCAUGUACAUCUCUUCACAAGGCCCUCUACCCUCCACCAUGGCGGACUUCUGGCAGAUGGUGUGGGAGAAUGGCUGCGUGGUCAUCGUCAUGCUGACGCCCCUGUCGGAAAAUGGAGUCAAACAGUGUCAACAGUACUGGCCGGACGAGGGCUUCAAUGUCUACCAUGUUUAUGAGGUGAACCUGGUAUCGGAACACAUCUGGUGUGAGGACUUCCUGGUCAGGAGUUUCUACCUGAAGAACCUGCAGACCAACGAGACGCGCACCGUCACGCAGUUCCACUUCCUUUCCUGGGUGGACCGCAGCAUCCCUGACUCAGCCAGGAUCAUGCUGGACUUCCGUAGAAAGGUUAACAAGUGCUACCGGGGUCGGUCUUGUCCAAUAAUUGUCCACUGCAGUGACGGAGCUGGCAGAAGCGGAACGUACAUUCUGAUUGACAUGGUCCUCAAUAGGAUGGCUAAAGGUGCUAAAGAGAUUGAUAUUGCCGCUACCCUGGAGCACUUGAGAGACCAAAGACCCGGCAUGGUCCAGACAAAGGAGCAGUUUGAGUUUGCGCUGACAGCCGUGGCGGAGGAGGUGAAUGCCAUCCUGAAAGCACUUCCGCAGUGAAACAACACCGCAGCGCACCGCACCAUGCCAUGUCUCGCUGUCUAAACACACGUUCCUCUGCCCACUCAAGACUGACAUCUCGUCCAUGUCCCAAACGGCACCCUAUUCCCUACAUAGCGGACUACUUUCUUUUUUUUAUAUAACAGGUCCUAUAAUAGGGUGCCAUUUGGGACACAUACUUCUUCUCCUCCUUUCUCUCCCCUCUGAUUCUCUCGCUCUCAAUCUCUCUCUUGGUAUACUUAUGAAUGUUGUGCCAGAUACUUGAGCGACCUGGUCUUCUUAACUGUGAUAUAUUCUGUUUGCGGUUGUUAUCGAUCAUAGGUUUUAGUGCCCCUAACAGAUAGCUAGACAAGAUAACAUGUGUUCUCGCUCUCUCUCUCUCUCUUUAUGAUCUGAAUAAUGUGUUAAACUUAGGAUCAGAUACUUGGUUAUUGAUGUGAUGUAUGUAAUAUUGUAUUCAAGGCCCAGACAUCUGUGUCCUGUAUAUAGAGAAGAUGCUUAAGAGAAGGAUGUCGAAGUGAUCUUUACUAUUUAAGUUCUGAGACAUAUACUACGACCCCCUUCAAAUACAGUUGAAGUCGGAAGUUUACAUACACCUUAGCCAAAUACAUUUAAACAGUUUUUCACAAUUCCUGACAUUUAAUCCUAGUAACAAUUCCCUGUCUUAGGUCAGUUAGGAUCACCACUCAAUUUUAAGAAUGUGAAAUGUCAGAAUAAUAGUAGAGAGAAUGACUUAUUUCAGCUUUUAUUUCUUUCAUCACAUUCCCAGUGGGUCAGAAGUUUACAUACACUCAAUUAGUAUUUGGUAGCAUUGCCUUUAAAUUGUUUAACUUGUGUCAAACUUUUCGGGUAGCCUUCCACAAGCUUCCCACGAUAAGUUGGGUGAAUUUUGGCCCAUUCCUCCUGACAUGGCUGGUGUAACUGAGUCAGGUUUUUAGGCCUCCUUGCUCGCACAAGCUUUUUCAGUUCUGCCCACAAAUGUUCUAUAAGAUUGAGGUCAGGGCUUUGUGAUGGCCACACCAAUACCUUGACUUUGUUGUCCUUAAGCCAUUUUGCCACAACUUUGGAAGUAUGCUUGGGGUCAUUCUCCAUUUGGAAGACCCAUUUACGGCCAAGCUUUAACUUCCUCUUGGAAGUCUUUAGAUGUUGCUUCAAUAUAUCCACAUAAUUUUCCUACCUCAUGAUGCCAUCUAUUUUGCGAAGUGCACCAGUCACCCCCACAACAUGAUGCUGCCACCCCCGGUGGGAUGGUGUACUUCGGCUUGCAAGCCUCCCCCUUUUUCCUCUAAACAUAACGAUGGUCAUUAUGGCCAAACAGUUCUAUUUUUGUUUCAUCAGACCAGAGGACAUUUCUCCAAAAAGUACGAUCUUUGUGCAGUUGCAAACCGUAGUCUGGCUUUUUAAUGGCAGUUUUGGAGCAGUGGCUUCUUCCUUGCUGAGCAGCCUUUCAGGUUAUGUAGAUAUAGGACUCGUUUUACUGUGGACAAAGAUACUUUUGUACCUGUUUCCUCCAGCAUCUUCACAAGGUCCUUUGCUGUUGUUCUGGGAUUGAUUUGCACCUUUUCACCAAAAUACAUUAAUCUCUAGGAGACAGACCGUGUCUCCUUUCUGAGCGGUAUGACGGCUGUGUGGUCCCAUGGUGUUUAUACUUGUGUACUAUUGUUUGUACAGAUGAACGUGGUACCUUCAGGCGUUUGAAAAUUGCUCCCAAGGAUGAACCAGACUUGUGGAGGUCUACAUUUUGUUUCUGAGGUCUUGGCUGAUUUCUUUUGAUUUUCCUAUGAUGUCAAGCAAAGAGGCACUGAGUUUGAAGGUAGGCCUUGAAAUACAUCCACAUGUACACCUCUAAUUGACUCAAAUUAUGUAAAUUAGCCUAUCAGAAGCUUCUAAGACCAUGACAUAAUUUUUUGGAAUUUUUCAAGCUGUUUAAAGGCACAGUCAACUUAGUGUAUGUAAACUUCUGACCCACUGGAAUUGUAAUACAGUGAAUUAUAAAUGAAAUAAUCUGUCUUUAAACAACUGUUGGAAAAAUUACUUCUGUCAUGCACAAAGUAGAUGUCCUAACUGACUUGCCAAAACUAUAGUUUGUUAACAAGAAAUCUGUGGAGUGGUUACAAAACGAGUUUUAAUGACUCCAAUCUAAGUGUAUGUAAACUUCCGACUUCAACUGUACUUUCGAACUGCAUCCUUCCGUCAUUGAGUUAACAGAUCUAUAUAUGAUUGGAUUGGUGUAAGCAAGGUUAUCGUCCUUUUACUUCCACCAAUCCAACCAAUUCAUAUAUGUGAUUAUUUUACUGAAGGUUAGAAGGAAGGAUUUCAUUCCUGAAGUAUUUUAACAGGGCUGGACUGUGAGGUUUAGUUGUUCUCUUGUGCAGGGAUUCUUGCAGCAGACUGUAUUCAUGGGUUUGACAUUGUUAUGUAUAUGAAUGUAAUACCGGGAAUAUUUAAACGUCCCCGAAAUAUAUUGAUUACAAAUAGAGUGAUAAAUAUAGCUAUUAACAAUAUGAUAUGAUUAAGCUGAAUUAUAUUGACAUUGUUCAUUCUAUUUGUUUUGUCCUUUUAAUUGACAGAAUAUUGUGACGUGUGCAGGUGAAGUCCAUAGCCGGGGUGUCAAAUAUACAGUGAGGGAGUCCAAUCUGGCCCGUGGGUGGAACUUUUCGUUUGGGGAGGGGGGAAAUUAACUUAAUUCACUUUACAAUGACUAAAACCAAAUGGAAACUGUAGAAAUUAUAAUGGACCUACACUCAUACAGUUUCUUGACUGCGUCCAGCUAGCUAAUAAUCACCUAAAUGAAAACUAGACAGUCAGGAAGAUUAGAAAAUUCCAAAAAAUGAUGGACUAUAAAAAUGUUUGAAAUAUAACCAAUUUUCAGUGCGGCCCUCUGGAUCUCUUUGAAAACCGAAUGCAGCCCCUGGGGCAAAAUUAGUUUGACACCCCUGAUGUAUAGAAUAUAAAUGAUUGGAUCCCUGUAGUGCUAUUAAAAUGUUUACUGAACUCUUCAAUGAAAACCAUAUAUUUUGUGUGGAAAUAAAAAUGAUAUCCGAUUGAUAAUAAACCAUAGAACGGUUGACCAGA